AGAUGAAAACAUAUUUAACUUAUUUGUUUUUUGAAGGUACCCUUUUAUUUUUAUUUAUCGGUCUCAUACCUUGAUUAAGGGGAGGGAGAAGAGAAGAGACAGAAGGAGAAAGGAAAAAGAACACUACACGACAAGAAAAGCUCUGAUCAAUUCGAUAUUAAGUUUGUGCGAAUUCAUACCAUAGCCAUGGAAGAAACGUUGGGUUCAGCAACAACGACAAUCAAUUCUUCUAAUAUAGGGUUUCAGCUUUUGAAGAAGCAUGGUUGGAAAGAAGGGACUGGUCUUGGCAUCUCUGAGCAGGGUAGAUUAGAACCUGUGGAAACUCGUGUAAAGAAUAAUAAACGAGGUUUGGGAGCAGAUAUAGUGAAGAAGAAGGUUGUGAAACCUGGUCACGGUGAUUCCUCCAAAGGAGACAAUAAGCAGGAACAGUUGUCUCAAAAGAAAGCCAAAGCACUUUCUAAACGGGUGAGAAAGAUGCAAGAGAUUGAAAAGAAGAUGCAGGAGAAGGAAUUCGAGCGCGCUUUCUUUAGAGAGUUCUGGCCUGAAAAUGUAUGAGAAUUGAUGAUGGGUUCAUAUGAUUAAGCAUCAGCAUUUCCUCUUGCAUUCACUUUCUUAGUAAUGAAGAUGAUUUCAGAGUUGUGUGCAAGUUGGAUCUCAAAGGUGUUUUCCCCUGGAUACUUGCAGGAUAUAGGAAUGUUUUCUAGCAAACAGAAGGAACUUCAGACACCUUUUUUUCAUGUGCAAAUAGUCAAUUUUUUUUUUCUUCCGAUUCUUCUGUACAAUGGAGAAAUAUACAAAAAUCAGAGGGGAGAGGCCAUGUCCCUCCUGGUUUAAAAAAAAAAUGGUGUAAUUAAAGGAUGAGAUUAAAACACAACUUAAGUGAA